GCCGGGCACCAUGGAGGAGCACGUGUUUGGCGUUCAGCAAAUCCAGCCCAAUGUCAUCUCGGUCCGUCUCUUCAAGCGCAAGGUGGGGGGCCUGGGGUUCCUGGUGAAGGAGCGUGUCAGCAAGCCCCCCGUGAUCAUCUCCGACCUGAUUCGAGGCGGGGCCGCCGAGCAGAGCGGCCUUAUCCAGGCCGGCGACAUCAUUCUCGCCGUCAACGGCAGGCCCUUGGUGGACCUGAGCUACGACAGUGCCCUGGAAGUGCUCCGGGGUGUUGCCUCGGAGACCCACGUCGUCCUCAUCCUGAGGGGCCCCGAGGGCUUCACCACGCACCUGGAGACCACCUUCACCGGAGACGGCACCCCCAAGACCAUCCGGGUAACCCAGCCCCUGGGUGCCCCCACCAAAGCCGUCGAUCUAUCCCACCAGCCGCCGUCGGCCGGCAAAGAGCAGCCACGGCCAGUGGACGGGGCCGCGGGGCCUGGCAGCUGGCCUCAGCCCGCCCAAGGUCACGGGCAGGAAGCCGGCUCACCCUCCCGCGCCAAUGGCCUGGCCCCCAGAACGUCAAGCCAGGACCCUGUCAAGAAAAGUGGCUGGGCGGGCCUGCAAGGCAGUGGCGAUAAGAACGAGCUCCUGAAGGAGAUUGAGCCCGUGCUGACCCUCCUCGCCGGUGGGAGCAAGGCAGUCGACGGAGGGGGCCCUGCCAAGGCGGAGACGAGAGACACGGGAGUCCAGGUGGACAGGGAUUUCGAUGCCAAGUCGCACAAGCCUCUGCCUCUUGGCGUGGAGAACGACCGCGUCUUCAGUGACCUGUGGGGGAAGGGCAGCGCGCCUGUGGUCCUCAACAACCCCUAUUCAGAGAAGGAGCAGCCCCCUGCCUCGGGCAAACAGUCCCCCACUAAGAACGGCAGCCCCUCCAAGUGCCCCCGCUUCCUCAAGGUCAAGAACUGGGAGACAGACGUGGUUCUCACUGAUACCCUGCACCUUAAGAGCACCCUGGAAACCGGAUGCACCGAGCACAUAUGCAUGGGGUCCAUCAUGUUCCCCUCCCAGCACACACGGAGGCCGGAAGACAUCCGCACAAAAGAGCAGCUCUUCCCUCUUGCCAAAGAAUUCAUCGAUCAGUACUACUCCUCCAUUAAAAGAUUUGGCUCCAAAGCCCACAUGGAGAGACUGGAGGAGGUGAAUAAGGAGAUUGAAAGCACCAGCACCUACCAGCUCAAGGACACGGAGCUCAUCUACGGGGCCAAGCAUGCCUGGCGGAACGCCUCCCGCUGCGUCGGCAGGAUCCAGUGGUCCAAGCUGCAGGUGUUUGAUGCCCGAGACUGCACCACGGCUCACGGCAUGUUCAACUACAUCUGCAACCACAUCAAGUACGCCACCAACAAAGGGAACCUCAGGUCGGCCAUCACCAUAUUUCCCCAGAGGACUGAUGGCAAGCAUGACUUCCGUGUCUGGAACUCUCAGCUCAUCCGCUACGCCGGCUACAAGCAGCCCGAUGGCUCCACCCUGGGGGACCCAGCCAACGUACAGUUCACAGAGAUCUGCAUACAGCAGGGCUGGAAGCCCCCGAGGAGCCGCUUCGAUGUCCUGCCGCUGCUGCUCCAAGCCAACGGCAAUGACCCUGAGCUCUUCCAGAUCCCGCCGGAACUGGUGCUGGAAGUGCCCAUCAGGCACCCCAAGUUUGAGUGGUUCAAGGACCUGGGACUGAAGUGGUACGGCCUCCCAGCUGUGUCCAACAUGCUCCUGGAGAUUGGCGGCCUGGAGUUCAGCGCCUGUCCCUUCAGCGGCUGGUACAUGGGCACGGAGAUCGGUGUCCGCGACUACUGCGACAACUCCCGCUACAACAUCCUGGAGGAAGUGGCCAAGAAGAUGAACUUGGACAUGAGGAAGACGUCCUCCCUGUGGAAGGACCAAGCGCUGGUGGAGAUCAACAUCGCCGUUCUCUACAGCUUCCAGAGCGACAAGGUGACCAUCGUGGACCACCACUCUGCCACUGAGUCCUUCAUUAAGCACAUGGAGAAUGAGUACCGCUGUCGGGGGGGCUGCCCCGCCGACUGGGUGUGGAUCGUGCCCCCCAUGUCGGGCAGUAUCACUCCCGUCUUCCACCAGGAGAUGCUCAACUACCGGCUCACCCCCUGCUUCGAAUACCAGCCUGAUCCUUGGAACACCCACGUCUGGAAAGGCACCAAUGGGACCCCCACGAAGCGGCGUGCCAUCGGCUUCAAGAAACUGGCAGAAGCCGUGAAGUUCUCAGCCAAGCUGAUGGGGCAGGCGAUGGCCAAGAGGGUCAAAGCAACAAUCCUCUAUGCCACAGAGACGGGCAAAUCGCAAGCCUAUGCCAAAACCCUGUGUGAGAUCUUCAAGCAUGCCUUUGAUGCCAAGGUGAUGUCCAUGGAAGAAUACGACAUUGUGCACCUGGAACACGAAACUCUGGUCCUGGUGGUGACCAGCACCUUUGGCAAUGGAGACCCCCCUGAGAACGGAGAGAAAUUCGGCUGCGCCUUGAUGGAAAUGAGGCACCCCAACUCUCUGCAGGAGGAGCGGAAGAGCUACAAGGUUCGCUUCAACAGCGUCUCCUCCUACUCGGACUCCCGCAAGUCAUCAGGCGAUGGGCCCGACGUCAGAGACCACUUUGAGAGCGCUGGACCCCUGGCCAAUGUGAGGUUCUCCGUGUUCGGCCUGGGCUCACGGGCGUACCCUCACUUCUGCGCCUUCGGACAUGCCGUGGACACCCUCCUGGAAGAGCUGGGAGGGGAGAGGAUCCUGAAGAUGAGAGAAGGAGAUGAGCUCUGUGGGCAGGAAGAGGCCUUCAGGACCUGGGCCAAGAAGGUCUUCAAGGCGGCCUGUGACGUGUUCUGCGUGGGGGAUGACGUCAACAUCGAGAAGGCAAACAAUUCCCUGAUCAGCAACGACCGCAGCUGGAAGAGGAACAAGUUCCGCCUCACCUACGUGGCCGAAGCCCCCGGACUGACACAAGGCCUUUCCAGUGUCCACAAGAAGCGAGUCUCCGCCGCUCGGCUCCUUAGCCGUCAAAACCUCCAGAGCCCUAAAUCCAGCCGCUCCACCAUCUUCGUGCGUCUGCACACCAACGGGAGUCAGGAGCUGCAGUACCAGCCUGGGGACCACCUGGGGGUCUUCCCUGGCAACCACGAGGACCUCGUGAACGCCCUCAUUGAGCGGCUGGAAGACGCGCCCCCUGCCAACCAGAUGGUCAAAGUGGAGCUCCUGGAGGAGCGGAACACAGCUUUGGGCGUCAUCAGUAACUGGAAAGACGAGCCCCGCCUGCCGCCCUGCACGGUCUUCCAGGCCUUCAAGUACUACCUGGACAUCACCACGCCGCCCACGCCCCUGCAGCUGCAGCAGUUUGCCUCCCUGGCCAGCAACGAGAAAGAAAAGCAACGCCUAUUGGUCCUCAGCAAGGGUCUGCAGGAGUACGAGGAGUGGAAAUGGGGCAAGAACCCCACCAUCGUGGAGGUGCUGGAGGAGUUCCCGUCCAUCCAGAUGCCGGCCACCCUGCUGCUCACCCAGCUGUCCCUGCUGCAGCCGCGCUACUACUCCAUCAGCUCCUCCCCAGACAUGUACCCCGACGAGGUGCACCUCACCGUGGCCAUUGUCUCCUACCACACCCGAGACGGAGAAGGACCAAUUCACCACGGUGUGUGCUCCUCUUGGCUCAACCGGAUACCUGCAGACGAGGUGGUGCCCUGCUUUGUGAGAGGUGCGCCCAGUUUCCGCCUGCCCCGGAACCCCCAAGUCCCCUGCAUCCUGGUGGGGCCGGGCACCGGCAUCGCACCUUUCCGGAGCUUCUGGCAACAGCGGCAGUUUGACAUCCAGCACAAAGGAAUGAGCCCCUGCCCCAUGGUCCUGGUGUUCGGGUGCCGGCAGUCCAAGAUCGAUCACAUCUACAGGGAGGAGGCGCUCCAGGCCAAGAACAAGGGCGUCUUCAGAGAGCUGUACACGGCCUACUCCCGGGAGCCCGACAAGCCGAAGAAGUACGUGCAGGACAUCCUGCAGGAGCAGCUGGCGGAGCAGGUGUACCGGGCCCUCAAGGAGCAGGGCGGCCACAUCUACGUGUGCGGGGACGUGACCAUGGCCGCCGACGUGCUCAAAGCCGUGCAGCGCAUCAUGGCUCAGCAGGGGAAGCUGUCGGCCGAGGACGCCGGCGUGUUCAUCAGCAGGCUGAGGGAUGACAACCGGUACCAUGAGGAUAUUUUCGGAGUCACCCUGCGGACGUACGAAGUGACCAACCGCCUUAGAUCUGAAUCCAUCGCCUUCAUCGAGGAGAGCAAAAAAGACACCGAUGAGGUUUUCAGCUCCUAACGGGAUCCUCUUGGCCAGACGCUCAGCACGUGCUCCAGCGGGGCGGCUGCAGGCUGUGCGGGAGUGGACAGACAUGGCUGACCCUGCCACAGGGCCCCGCGGGGUCCAUGCGCUGCCUCUUGUCCUGUCGCUGUGUCCUGGCGUCCUCCCCCAGUGUCCACCCUGUGCGGUUUCCCAGGCCUUCUCGGAUCUCUUUCUGUUCCCCUGCUGUGAUGCGAUGCCUUUGUAAUCUGCAGUGGCUCUUACAGCUGUCCUCCCCCCCCCCUCCGCUGACAAGGGCGGCUCGCCGGUGCAUGAGACCAUGGACGCUGCCACCGUCCCCCCCGCCACAUUGUUCCCCCCCCACCCCGCCGCCGCCGGGUGUCCUUGGAACAGCUGCAGGUGUUGGAUGGGAGUCUCCUGAGCCCGCCCCUCAGCCACCCAGGUCCCCUCUUCUCUGUUCUGAUGAUGUCGUUUUGGUGGUGCGUGGUGUGUGUGUGAGGGCCUGGGUCUCUGUCUCACCUGUGCAGGUGCACCGAUCCCAGAUCUGAGUCUGCCCCUGGCCCUUGU